GGACAGGCGGCUCUGUAUUGUUCAGCGCGCGCGAGGAGCUCCAUUCGGCUGUUGUGCUACUGCAAUCGAGAUCAGUUUCUACCGAGUGCACGGUACUCAGCGUUGUGGAAGUUUAAGAUUUGGUUGUGCUUGGUGUACUCAUGGCUGUUAGAAGGGGACACAUAAGAUACCUGAAGGUUUGUGAGGUGCAGAGCCAGGGUAAUGACCGGGAUUUGCAGCAACUUGGCAAGGGUACCAGCAUGAACGACGCCUAUGACCUUCCUAACGGAUUUGAGAGCCACUUGGGCGACGAGGCGAAAGACGCUAAAACAAACCUGAUAGUCAAUUACCUGCCACAGAACAUGACUCAGGAUGAGCUGCGCAGUCUGUUCAGCAGCAUCGGUGAGGUGGAGUCUGCCAAACUUAUUCGGGACAAAAUGGGAGGCCACAGUUUAGGGUACGGAUUUGUUAACUAUAUUAACCCUAGUGAUGCAGAAAGGGCAAUCAGUACUCUCAAUGGGCUGAGACUACAGUCUAAAACUAUCAAGGUCUCUUAUGCCAGGCCAAGCUCUGACACAAUAAAAGAUGCCAAUCUUUACAUUAGUGGCUUGCCCAAGACCAUGACACAGAAAGAUGUGGAAGACUUGUUUACCCAGUAUGGACGCAUCAUCAACUCGAGGGUGCUGGUUGAUCAGGCUUCAGGUAACGACUGCUUGUCACGUGGUGUCGCCUUCAUUCGGUUUGACAAGAGAAUUGAAGCAGAAGAUGCCAUCAAAGGUCUGAAUGGUCAGAAGCCCCCUGGAGCAUCUGAGCCCAUCACGGUCAAGUUUGCAGCAAAUCCCAACCAGGCAAAGAACUCCCAGCUGCUGUCACAGUUCUAUAACACACAGUCUCGGCGCUUUGGAGGCCCUGUUCAUCACCAGGCACAGAGGUUCAGGUUCUCACCAAUGAGCGUAGACCACAUGAGCGGUGUUUCAAGCAUGAACGUAGCCGGGAGCUCAACCUCUGGCUGGUGCAUUUUCAUUUACAAUCUGGGUCAAGAUAGCGAUGAAGGCCUGCUGUGGCAGAUGUUCGGCCCGUUCGGCGCGGUCACCAAUGUCAAAGUCAUCCGCGACUUCAACACCAACAAAUGCAGAGGCUUUGGCUUUGUCACAAUGACCAAUUACGAAGAGGCGGCCAUGGCCAUCGCCAGCCUCAACGGAUACCGUCUGGGGGACAAGGUCUUGCAGGUGUCCUUCAAGACCAGCAAGUCUCACAAAUAAAAGGACAGAAAGUAUUACUUUUGGGUUCUAAGAACUUGCACACUUUUUUUUUCUUUUUCCCCCCCCAUUCUUGUCUGAAUAUAUAAUUACUAAUGUAACUUUGUUCAAAUAAAUAGAUUAGUAUUGGUAUUGUAUUAGUUUGGGAUUGAAAUAACUAGCUUAAGAGUAGGCUACAUGGCCUAACAAUUGCAUCUUCAUAUGCUUAAAUAGUUUGGUAGUGUUUAUCACAGUAUCAUUUAAUUAAUAUGAUGCCAUGGAGCAUCAAACCCUGAGUAGAUGUUAUAUAGGAUCAUAUUGCAGUAUGCGUCGUAUCUCCCAUCACCGUUUGUCAGUGUCGCUUUUUCUGUGGUUGAACUUGUGGGUGAUUAUUUCCUUGAGUCCGUAAGAGAAUUCUGGCUGAUUGAACUUGAUGAUGAUGAUGGUCAAUGUCACAUCUCUGUGGCUCCAUAAUUAUUCUGAAUAUCAACAUGAUUCCACCAUUUUAAGUUCUUGAAUCAUUCAAUUUGCUUUACUAUAAUGUGACUUGUAGAAACGGAGAGUGCAGACCUUUUUUUUUUGGGGUAAAUAUUCAUUCAACCACGCAUGUAUCCAACAUGUAAUCUAUCGGAAGAUUUAAGUUUGAAGGACCAAAGAAGCUGGAGAGUACGCCUUAUUUUGCUGAAUUAUGCAAAUGUAUUUGAAGCGUUUUUGCUGUUGGUGUUAUUUUGGCAGUUAAUAUAUUAAAGUUUGUCUUGCGUUCAAGUUUUUUUGUUUGUUUGUUUGUAACCAUUCUUGUUAUCGCGAACAAACUUUUCUGUAUCAAGCAUUUUUUCCCCAAGUGUCAGGCAACUCUCCUACAAAGCGGAAUUGGUCGCCAUUUCCUUUAUAAUGUAUAUGACAGCCCUGUUGUCCUCACACACGCUGUCAGCAUUUAUGUAGUUUGGUGGGGGAGUCAGUAACUCAUUGUUUUUCUACUUGUUUUGUAACGUAGUCUGCAACUUACACACUGUACACGAUAUUUUGUCAUUCUUGGUGUAAGAUUCGGCUUCGUAUAAUGAUUGAUUAACUCUGAAUACUACACAUGUAAUAUUAAACAUUUAUUAAUAUGUAUUUUGUGCUUUAUAAACACAGAUUUAUGCUCACAGAAGACAGUCCUGCCUGUCUAGAGUAGGUGUUGAAUUCAUUUCUUUCUUUCUUUUUUUUUUUUUUUGGAUCUCCAUCAUAUGCAUGUUCAUUUGAUGUUCCUUAGCCGUAGCUCUGAUGUCAUGCAGCGUACGUGUUUCACAUCUGUCUACUUCAUCAGAAGUAUGCUUUGAACUAUUGUAUGGAUCUUUUAUGUAUUUACAAAUAAACACCAUUGUUUUGUUGUAAAUUA